AUGCCUAUGAAGUGGGUUUCAAUUCUUCUGCUGCUAGAGCUGGGUUGUUACUUCAGUUGUGGGAGUUGUGGAAAGGUGUUGGUGUGGCCCACGGAAUACAGCCACUGGAUCAACAUAAAGACAAUCCUGGAUGAGCUUGUGAAGAGAGGUCAUGAAGUCGUUGUUCUGACAUCUUCAGCUUCCAUUCUUGUAGAUCCCAACAAAACAUCCACUAUUAAAUUUGAGGUCUACCCAACAUCUAUAUCUCAGGAGGAUUUUGAGGAUGCUUUCAAGAAACUCAUUGAUUUAUGGACAUAUGACAUGGCGCAAAGAUCAUUUUUGACAUAUUUUUCCAAAAUGCAAGAUAUCACUUGGGAAUAUUAUGAUAUAAUUGAACAGCUUUGUAAAGAUGUAGUUUUCAACAAGGAACUGAUGAAAAAGCUACAGGAAUCAAGAUUUGAUGUUGUUUUGGCAGAUGCUGUUGGACCCUGUGGUGAGCUUCUAGCUGAAGUACUCAAAGCCCCUUUAGUGUACAGUCUCCGCUUCUCCUUUGGCUCUACAAUUGAAAAGUAUGCUGGAGGACUUCAACUCCCACCUUCCUAUGUGCCUGUUGUUUUGUCAGAAUUAAGUGACAAACUGACAUUCAUGGAGAGAGUGAAAAAUAUGUUAUAUGUGCUAUAUUUUGACUUUUGGUGCCAGUUGUUAAAUGAGAAGAAAUGGGAUCGGUUUUAUAGCGAAGUACUAGGAAGACCUUCUAAGUUAUCUGAGCUAAUGGGGAAUGCUGAUUUCUGGCUCAUUAGAACAUACUGGGAUUUUCAGUUUCCUCACCCAAUCUUACCAAAUUUUGAAUUUGUUGGAGGACUGCACUGCAAGCCUGCCAAGCCCCUGCCCAAGGAAAUGGAAGAGUUUGUUCAGAGCUCUGGAGAAAAUGGUAUUGUGGUGUUUAGUCUGGGGUCAAUGGUCAGUAACCUGCCUGAGGAGAAAGCCAAUAUGAUUGCAUCAGCCCUCGCCCGGAUUCCACAAAAGGUUAUCUGGAGGUUUGAUGGCAAGAAGCCUGAUACCUUAGGGGCAAAUACUCGGCUGUACAAAUGGAUCCCCCAGAAUGACCUACUUGGUAAUCCCAAAACCAAAGCUUUCAUCACUCAUGGUGGGACCAACGGCAUCUAUGAAGCAAUCUACCACGGGGUGCCUAUGGUGGGCAUGCCCCUGUUUGCAGAUCAGCCAGAUAACAUCGCUCAUAUGCAGGCCAAGGGGGCAGCUGUCAGGGUGGAUAUAAGAACAAUGUCAAGUUCAGAUUUGCUCAAUGCAUUGAAGACAGUCAUCAAUGAUCCUUUGUAUAAGGAGAAUGCGAUGAAAUUAAGGGCAAUUCAACGAGAUCAGCCAGUGAAGCCUCUGGACAGGGCGGCCUUCUGGAUCGAGUUCGUCAUGCGCCACAAAGGAGCCAAACACCUGCGGCCCGCCUCCCACGGCCUCACCCUGCUCCAGUACCACUCUCUGGACGUCAUCGGCUUCCUGCUGGCCUGCGUGGCAGCUGCCCUGUGGCUCAUCACCAAAUGCUGCCUGUGCUGUUGCCGGGUGUCUCCAAAAUCAGGGAAGAAGAAGAAAAAGAGGCACUAG